CUUGUGUUUUGAUACCUCUGACUCUCUCCUUCCCCUAGCCACCCUUCUUCCUCCAAUUAAUUGUCAUUACACGCAACCAGUUAAAAUAAAUAAUAGCAAAUAAACAAACCAAAAACAGUAACGUGGUGUUGGACUUUCUAGACAGACCUCAAUUUCAUAACAAAGAAAGAAUCACUAAGCUGAUGAGAUCUGUCUUCUUCUUCUUCUACUUCCUCUGCUUCCUCUGUUUCUUCUUCUUCUCACUCUCUUUCCUUUUAAAGGAUUUUGAACUAGAAACAAAAACUGUAUUCCAUCAAUCAGCUCAGCUGAGAGAGAUUAAUCAAACGUUUUAACAACAAUGUCAAUGCAUGGAAAGACAGAUUCAGAGGUGACGAGUCAAGCGCCGUCAUCACCAAACCGGGCCAUUUACUAUGUGCAGAGCCCAUCAAGGGAUUCUCACGAUGGGGAAAAGACCACCAAUUCUUUCCACUCUACUCCAAUCCUCAGCCCAGUUGGAUCCCCCGGCCGGCACUCCCGGGACUCAUCGUCGACUAGAUAUUCGGGUUCGCUCAAACCCGGAUCCCAGAAAUCGAGUAACGGGUCCAGGAGGCACAGUCAUCAGAGGAAAACAGGGGAAAAGCAGUGGAAAGAGUUUGAUGCUAUUGAAGAAGAGGCGCUUCUUGAUGAAGAAGGCGGUCGUAAACCAAUCCCUCGUCGGUGUUACGUUUUGGGUUUUAUUGUCGGAUUCAUUGUGCUUUUCACUUUCUUUUCUUUGAUCUUGUGGGGCGCCAGCCGGAAUCAGAAGCCUGUUGUUACGAUGAGGAGUUUGACAUUUGAUCAAUUCACGGUUCAAGCCGGUUCGGAUGCAUCAGGAGUAGGCACUGAAAUGUUAACCAUGAAUUCCACUGUAAGGCUCACUUUCCGGAAUAAGGGUACAUUUUUUGGGAUCCAUGUAUCACCGACAACUUUGGAUCUCUCUUUAACUGAACUCACCGUCGCCACCGGAACGGUAAGUCUUUCCUACUUCAUCAGCUUUGUGGACUAAUUCACAUUCAACUCAUUAAAAUUUAAAUGUUCAUUUCUUGGGGGGGAUUUUGUAGAUAAAGAAAUUCUACCAAUCGAGGAGGAGUCAGAGAACCAUAGCGGUGAAUUUGAGAGGAACCGGAAUUCCGUUGUACGGAGGAGGAGCCGAUUUGGGCAGCAAAUAUGGGAAACCGACAUUGCCGGUGCCGUUGAACUUGAAUUUUACAGUGAAAGCCACAGCUUAUGUGUUGGGGAAAUUGGUGAAGCCGAAAUUCCAUAGAAGGGUCAGUUGUGAUGUGGUUUUAGACCCUCUGAAAAUGGGUACUGCUCGGGCUUUAAAGAACAACUGCACUUACUGGUAGAACAGACCGAGAUGGUGUAAAACAUAAAAAGAAAGACCCUUUAAUUUGCAUUUUUUAUACUUGUUUGUAGAACUCGUCUUUGUAUAAUUCGUGAUGUUUAUUGUUGUAAUUUCAUAGGAAAAAUGGCGGGAAAGUUUUGAUUUGAGAGUUUGAGUUCAUCUUCAUUACUCCUCCUGUGGCUUGACAGCUGCGGAGAUAGUUCUGGGAGCAUGAAAUCCGGAAAACAAGCGAUAUGCAGAAAAUGGGUCAAUUUUUCAG